GGUGCAGUCAUGUAAAUGAGCACCUGGUGGCGACUGCCGGCCCGGGUGCAUCGGAACGGGGCUCAGAUGCAGAGAGGGACCGAGGCGCGGGGGACCCUGGGCGGCGACUCGACGAUUAUAAAAACAAAAACAAAAACAUCUCCCUCGUUGUCGAAGAGUUUUAGAACCAGCCAUCCUAAUAGCGUCCCGGCGAACGUGAGCCUGUGGGUUUAACCAGUAACGGUUAGCAGUCAGCAGUUUUAGGAUUUUUUUUUGUUUUCCGAGUUUUGCCGAAGGUCAUUCCCUGAACGCAACGACUGCCCCCCCCCCCCCCCCCCGGACCCCCGGUCGGAUUAUCCAGUGCGCCGGUCUCCCGUUCAGGGCGAAACACUGCGCACACACACUUCGUUUUAAAAGUUUGCACCGCGGUCAACGCGCAACUCGUCUCCGUGACUUUUUAGGUAUGCCUGUGGACACCUGUGUGUCCCCGGACAGGUAACCAGGUGCGUUGCUGCUGUCAUGGCCUUGCCAACCCUGCGGCUGUUUCCCGUCACCAUGGUCACAGUCCUGGUAGUACUGGUGUCUUCUUCGGGGGACCAUGAGUGGCACUUUAAACCAGCGGAGUGUCGUUACGCCCUCGGGAUGGAGGAUGGCACCAUCCCAGACUCUGACAUCACUGCCUCCAGCGCCUGGUCCGACUCUACUGAGGCCAAACAUGGAAGGUUGAUCACUGGAGAGGGGGACGGAGCGUGGUGUCCUGCAGAAGCCGUUUUCCCCAGUGCGUCAGAAUACCUUCAGGUGGACCUGCACAAACUCCACUUCCUGGCUCUGGUUGGUACCCAGGGUCGUCACGCCGACGGGCAUGGGCAGGAGUUUGCUCGCAGUUAUCGGCUCCACUAUUCCAGAGACGGGGUGAAAUGGCUCAUCUGGAAGGACCGCUGGGGCAAAGAAGCGGUGUCAGGGAAUGAGAACACGUAUGAUGUUGUCCUGAAAGAUCUGGGCCCUCCCAUAGUGGCCCGCAUGGUGCGCUUCUACCCUCUGGCUGACCGCGUUAUGAGCGUUUGCCUCCGGGUAGAGCUCUACGGUUGUCUUUGGAACGAUGGGUUGAUGGCUUACACCGCUCCAGUGGGUCACGUCAUGCAUCUAUCUGGCAUACCCGUCUACCUAAAUGACUCCACCUACGAUGGGAGCACCGAGCAAGGGAUGCAGUUUGGAGGCCUGGGUCAACUGUGUGACGGCGUCUUGGGAGGAGAUGACUUCAUGCAAACUAAAGAGCUAAGGGUGUGGCCUGGCUAUGACUACCUGGGCUGGAGCAGGGAAGCCUUAGGGAAAGGCAGCGUGGAUAUAGAGUUCCAUUUCGAGGAGCCGCGUAUCUUCCACAACAUGCAGGUUCACAGUAACAACCGCCACACUCAGGGCGUGCGAGUCUUUAGCAAGGUAGAGUGUCUUUUCAAGCCUGGCAUCCUCCGGCCCUGGUCCCCUGAACUCACUCUGCCUGUGCCCCUUGAGGAUCUCAAAGACCCCUCCUCAAGACCCAUCUCCCUCCCGCUGGGUGGCCGGCCGGCUCAGAUCCUCCGCUGCAAAUUCUACUUUGCUGACCGCUGGCUCCUGAUCAGCGAGAUAUCCUUCCUCUCUGAGCCAUUUCAGGAGGAGGCAACAGGGAAUCAUUUCUUUCCUACAAACCUUCCCAAGAUUCCCACCACCAGCUCCUCUCAUCCUCCCGUCAACCCCGCUUCCUCCUCUCCCACGCCGAGCCACGGCUCCUCCAACACCACUGCCGGCCCCUAUGAACCCCCCACCCCCACCACCACCACCACCACCUCCUCCUUCCUGACGGACACCACUGGUAACUGGACGCUGUCAGAUGCAGAAUUUGGUGCCAACACUCCAAGGGCGGGCCUUCCGGUAGUCAAAGAUGACCGCAGUAAUACAGCUAUUCUGAUUGGCUGCCUGGUGGGCAUCAUCCUUCUACUGCUGGCUGUCAUAGCGGUCAUUCUGUGGAGGCAGUACUGGAAAAAGAUACUUGAAAAGGCCCAGGGUAGCCUCUCCAGCGAUGAGCUGCGGGUUCACCUGUCGGUCCCCUCGGACAACGUGGUCAUCAACAACACGCACAGCUACUCGAGCCGCUACCAGCGCAUCCACACUUUCCCCGACGACCGCGACCACGACAGAGAGGGCGAAGGAGAGUAUCAAGAGCCCAGCGCACUGCUCCGGCCGAGGGACCCCAGAGACAGCACAGAUCACAGAAACGGCUCGGGACCCCUAGUCGUCCCCAACAGCUCUCAGCCUCAGCAAAAGAGACUGAAUGUGCCCCAGGCCUGUUGUUUGGACAUGGAGAAGGGUUUCCCCCCGACUCAGGAGGAGCCUCCCCCCUAUCCUGGCUCUCCUCCGUACCCUUCCCUGUCGCCCCCCGUUUCGCCCCCACUGCCUCCCAGCGUGCCUCAUUACGCUGAGGCAGACAUCGUGAGCCUGCAGGGUGUCAGCGGUAACAACACCUACGCCGUUCCCGCCUUGGCCUCCUCGAGCCCUGGGGCCGACGGCAGCCCGCUCCCGGAGCUGCCGCGCCAAUUUCUCAUCUUCAAAGAGAAGCUGGGCGAGGGGCAGUUUGGAGAAGUUCACCUGUGUGAAAUCGAGAACCCUCAGGACCUUUCCAACCUGGAGUUCCCCUUCAACGUGAGGAAAGGUCGCCCUCUCCUGGUAGCCGUGAAGAUCCUGCGCCCCGACGCCUCUAAGAACGCCAGGAACGACUUCCUGAAAGAGGUGAAGAUCCUGUCUCGCCUGAAGGACCCAAACAUCAUCCGUCUGCUGGGAGUGUGUGUGAGCAGUGAUCCUCUGUGUAUGGUCACGGAGUACAUGGAAUGUGGAGACCUGAACCAGUACCUGUCCCACCGAGUGCAUCUGGACAAGACGGGACCUGCUCAUAACACCCCGACCAUCAGUUACCCGGCCCUCAUCUCCAUGGCCAGCCAGAUCGCGUCCGGAAUGAAGUUCCUCUCCUCGCUCAACUUUGUGCACCGGGAUCUGGCCACGCGGAACUGUCUGGUCGGGGGUGAGAAGGGAGAAAGCGGAGAGGAUCAGGGCGGCAAGCGUCACAUCAAGAUAGCGGACUUUGGCAUGAGCAGGAACUUGUACGCAGGAGACUACUACAGGAUCCAGGGCAGAGCUGUGCUGCCAAUCCGCUGGAUGGCGUGGGAGUGCAUACUCAUGGGUAAGUUCACCACGGCCAGCGACGUGUGGGCGUUCGGGGUCACUCUGUGGGAGAUGCUGAGCGUUUGUCAGGAGCAGCCAUACUCCAACCUCACAGAUGAGCAAGUCAUCGACAACGCUGGAGAGUUCUUCAGAGACCAGGGCAGACAGGUGUAUCUGAGCAAGCCGGCUGUGUGUCCUCAAGGUCUCUACGAGCUCAUGUUGAGCUGCUGGAACAGAGACUGCAAGGUCCGCCCGUCCUUUGCAGACAUCCACUCCUUUCUCACCGAUGAUGCCAUGAACAUGGUGUAGAGGGAGAGAAACGGCUGCGCUAAAGGAGGGGAAACGCGUCUACGUUUCUGCAGCCUUGCUAUACGGGGGGGUGGUGGAGGAUCCUCAAAUGGAGGCAGAUGAGUGGGGAGAGCUGGUUGCUUGCUUUUAUAUUUGUACUCUUUUUGGGUAGUUGGGGCUGAGACGCCGCUGGUUCGGUUUAUUUUCCAGAUCAGACCCCUAACCCUAAAAGUAACACUAACCCCAGCUUUAGACUGGUAAGAAUCUACGCUACAUUUCACGGGUGAUGGGUGCAGUCUGCAUAGGAACUUUCUCUCCUCUCAGAUACCUUAUUACAAGGGGGCUCUGGUAACUAAGUGCUGUUAUGUCAACAGAAAAUGCUUCAAAUACAACCGUAGGAAGCUAGGACAUGAACGCUUAUUAAGUGACGUUAAGGUAACAUCACAAAUGCUUCAUGCAGGGUAACGGGUGACGGUGCACAUGACACAUAAACCUGUUUGUUCAGACAUGAAAGUGCAGGGAUUGUAUUAGUAUUUAUAGUAUGUAUAGCCUAAUGUGCACAUUUCAGUCUAAAUCAGUAAGAUGACUUCAUGCAAAAAAUAUGAUGACUUGACCAAAUGUCUAAUGAAAAUAUUUUCAAACAUGGCUGAUUGAUCAGAUCUUGCCAUGUUCGUUGACCCUUCGACAAGCUUCUAGCUCGACCCCCAAA